CGAAACCUGCCGGCUCACUGAACUCCAGGACCUCCUCGUCUCGUCUCCUCCUUCCUCCAGAGUCCCAACUAGCCAAAAAGCGCUCCGACAUGAACGGCCACUGCAACGGAAAGAUCAGCGAGGGCUUCGGCGAGCUCAUCAUUGACAGCAUGAAGUCGGCCGCGCACCGCCAGAACGAGACGUCCCGCAAGGAAGCCGAGGACGAGUCCCGCUUACCUGCGCUCGCGGCCGCCUACACCAGCAUCCUCAGCGAGCUCGGGGAGGACACGGACCGGCAGGGGCUGCUGCGCACGCCGCUGCGCGCAGCCAAGGCCAUGCAGUUCCUCACCAAGGGCUACCACGAGACCGUGGAGGACAUCCUGAACAAUGCCAUAUUUGAUGAAGACCACGAUGAGAUGGUGAUUGUGAAGGACAUCGACAUGUUUUCGCUGUGUGAACAUCACCUGGUGCCCUUUUUUGGCAAGGUUCACAUCGGAUAUAUUCCCAACAAAAAAGUGGUGGGACUGAGCAAGCUGGCAAGGAUUGUGGAGAUCUACAGUCGGAGGCUUCAGGUCCAAGAGCGUCUGACCAAGCAGAUCGCCAUGGGAAUAUUGGAGGCCCUGCAGCCUAAGGGCGUAGCUGUGGUUAUUGAAGCAGCGCACAUGUGUAUGGUCAUGCGUGGCGUCCAGAAGAUGAACAGCCGCACAGUGACGAGCACCAUGUUGGGAGUUUACCUCGAGGACCCCAAAACUCGUGAGGAGUUCCUGAAUCUUUCGAAGCGCGUUUAACGAAAUGUCAUGCACCACUCACUCCAGAGUGUCUGUAUACUGUAGCACACACACACACACACACACACACACACACACACGCACACAUGCACACACACACAAAGCUCCAGAGUAACAGUGGCUCUGUAUCUCAAGCAAACACACAAAACACUAGGUGCUGUAUGAUGCAGGCUCCAAGCCACUCUGGGGCUUCACCUCAACAUGCUGAAGUCCUGCUGCAGAAAUCCAUCUUAUGAAAUCACUGUGAGCAGAACAGCAAAUAUGCGACUCACUUUCUUGGUGCCUUUGGUCGAUAUUUUACAGUCUUACAUGGCAAUAUUGUUGUUAUGAUGUAUGAACCCUGAGUGCAAUGUUGUAACGUGACAAGAUUUUCUCCUUUUUUUUAAGAAAAAAUGGGAAAUUCAUCGGAGCAUUUGCACAGCUGUACGCCCUUGCUUGUUUUAUUAUCGUAUUUAGAAUCUGCCGAUUUUGAUUAUUUAAACAAACUUUGUCAUUUCUAAAUACAUUUAUAAAAAUCUUUGUAAUAUACAUACAUUUUUAAGGUACAAAUCAAAGUAUAUGAAUCUAUAGUGCAAAGAUUAAAUUAAAUGAUGUGAUGAGUAGAUUGUUUUGGUUUCAUAAAUGACGACUGUAGCAUGUAUUUUGAAGA